AUGCCAUGGUUCACUCGACGCCCUCCAGGCUCGAUUGAAUCAUUAAAUGGGUUAAGCCUAGUGGCACCUCUUGAAAAUGCAGAGCAAGCAGCACUGUCACUAGCUAUGGAGGAUGAGACUUCGCUCAAUAGGUACAGCCACCUAGAUGCACAGCUUUAUGCGCGGCCUUCACCCUCGUCACAAGGGCGUGUGGUUUCGCCAACUCUCGCAACACAACGAUAUCGACAGAUAGAAUUGGCCGAGCUUGGGAGACAACAAGUUGAACGGACAGUGCGACAAGAACGGCGGGAAACAGAGCUACGUGGUCAAUCUUUAAGCGCGGAAGAAGAGAAAAUUUUCGCUCUUGCCCCCUUGGGCAAUAGCCAAGCGAAUGAAAUGGAGAUCGGCGAUGCGAAUGUCCUUGAUCUUCAUUAG